AUGUUUGUAAUAUCGCAUUUCAAACACGCUUUUCGAGCGGCACACCUUCCUUCCACUUCUCUGCAAAAAAGAUACACAUACUGGCCUCCUCCUCCUGAUAAGCGUUCCCCUAUUAUCGAACUUCCUUCUGGUAAAAAGUGUUUCGUUUUCAUGGGAAAAAGGGACUGUGACGGAAAACUCGAGCCUGUAUUAUGUUUCAUCGAUGUAAACGGGAACAAAUUAACGUGGUUUAAUACGGAGGAAGUUCACCAACUGGAUAAACUGGUUAGUUUUUCUAUAAUUAAUGCCAUUCAGACUGAUCGACUAGAAAGCUAUUUUACUCUUUUUGAAUCAAGUGCAAACAACUCUUAA